AUCCAGCUGCACGAAACGACGAAUUGCUUUUGCCGCAACACGUGUUAGCAAGUGUGGUUCUAAUUAAAAAAGAAAUAUAGUAAGAGAGAGAUGGGUAAAGGAGGAGAGAAAAUGACCCUGCAGUCCGUCGGCACCGGGAUAGACAACGGCGGAAAAAAACAAGAACACUCGUUGAAAAAAGGUUUAAACGGAAAAUUGAUUUUCGCCAUCAUCGCAUCAGCGUUGGGGUCGUCAUUCCAGCACGGGUACAACACCGGAGUGACCAACAACCCGGAAAAGGUCCUGCUAUCAUGGAUUUCCGAAGUCAUGGGCAACCGCACCGGGAUAGUCCCCGAGGAGGGAUCAGUGACCAUCGUGUACGCCCUCGCCGUCUCCAUCUUCUGCGUCGGCGGCAUGAUCGGCGGCGUCUCCACCGGCUUCAUCGCUAACCGCUUCGGCCGCAAAAAAGGCUUGCUCCUCAAUAACAUCUUGGUCUUCAUAGCAGCUAUUUUCUUCGGGUCUGCGAAAGCAGCGGCUUCGCAUGAGCUCUUCAUCCUGGCUAGACUCAUCAUCGGGGUCAACUCGGGUCUGAACGCCGGACUGGCACCCAUGUACCUUGCCGAGAUUUCACCCAUCAACCUGCGCGGUGCCGUGGGUAGCGUGUACCAACUAGUCAUCACCAUCUCCAUUCUAGUCGCGCAAGCUUUGGGCUUGAAGUACGCGCUGGGUACUCCUGAGCACUGGCCCGUGUUGUUCGCUCUAACCGCAGUACCCGCGAUCUUCCAAAUCCUGACACUACCCUUCUGUCCCGAAUCGCCCAAGUACCUUCUGUUGUCGAAAGGCAAAGAGAUGGAAGCUCAAAAAGCGCUAGGCUGGUUGAGAGGGAGUUUACAAGUGCACGAAGAGCUAGAGCAGAUGAAAGCGGAGAACGACGCGGUGAAGUUGUUACCCAAAGUAACAGUAAGAGAGUUAUUGACGAACAGGGUACUAAGAAUCCCCCUCAUCAUUUGCUUGUUCGUCAUGGUAGCCCAACAACUAAGCGGCAUUAACGCUGUCAUCUUCUUCUCCACGUCCAUUUUCCAACAAUCAGGUCUCAAGGAUGACAGCGCAACCUUCGCCACGAUGGGUAUGGGUGCUAUUAACGUCCUCAUGACCAUCGUGUCGUUAGUUCUCGUGGAAAAAGCCGGACGGAAGACGCUUCUGCUUCUGGGUUUCGGCGGCAUGGCCAUCGACACGCUUCUACUAACAAUUGCCAUGAACUUCACGUCAAUCGAACCCAACUUGAGUUACCUCUGCAUCGUCCUCGUCUUCAUCUACAUCAUCAUGUUCGCCUCCGGGCCUGGGUCCAUCCCGUGGUUCCUGGUGGCCGAGCUUUUCAACCAAUCGGCGCGACCCACGGCUGCAUCCUUGGCCGUUUGUACCAACUGGACGGCGAACUUCCUCGUGGGUUUGGCGUUCCUGCCCAUUAUAAAAGCGAUCGGGCCGUACGUCUUUAUCAUCUUCGUGGCUCUUAACGCCUUGUUCUUCCUCUUCAUCUACAAGAAGGUCCCCGAGACCAAGAAUAAAACGGUUGAAGAGAUUUCGGCGCUGUUUAAGCAACAGAUGUAUGAGUAGACACAGUAUUGGGCGAUGGUUACUCGAAUUGUGUAAAUACUGACUGAUAGUUGCAGUAGAGUAGGGCGAGGAUUAUUUUUGAAUACAUUCACAUUUGUAGUAAAUAUUUAUUGUAGCAGAUCUUCAAAUGAAUAGUAUUUUUGUGUAGUUAGAGGGAUCUGUGCCGAAGCUCUCUGAUAGACUUUAGGUUUAAUUUAUUUAUUUAUUUAGGUAGGUUGAGUUAGUUCGUGACUAAUUACGCAAUUGUACUAUUCGGACUGAGUUAAUAUAAAUACUUGUGACAAAAUAAGCAACAUAAGUGUUCGAUGUGCAUCAGGUUCUAACAAAUUUUGUACAAUUUAUUUAAGCAAUUUACGACCCUGACCGAACUAGUUAAAUUCAAUAAUGAUAUUGCAAAUAAAUGCGUGUAGGUUUAGUGAUUAGCUGUAUUUUAUUAUCUGUUUAUACAUUUAAUUCAGGUGAAUAAAUUUUAAGUUUUU